AUGGGAUGGAAUCCUUACAAUCAGUUUCAUGGCGAUGCCAAUGAAAAUAUAAUUAAGGCACAUGCCGAUAUUAUAGCUGAUAAAGGAUAUUUGGACGUUGGUUAUAGAUACAUAAAUCUUGAUGAUGGCUGGCAAGGUCCUAUUCGAUUGGCUCUCGCAAGCUAUAUACACAGCAAAGGCUUACUUUUUGGAAUUUAUUCAGAUGCUGGAUAUAAAACUUGUGGUGGAAGUCCUGGAUCACUAGGUUUCGAAACAAUAGAUGCGGAAACAUUCGUAGAAUGGGGUGUUGACUAUUUAAAGUAUGAUAAUUGCAACAAUGAUGGAAGACCUGAACCAGAACGUUUCCAAGUAACAACUAAAGGCAAUAAAUCUCAAAUUUUCUAUAAUAUCGUCGAAUGGGGAACCAGUAACCCUUGGUUAUGGGGACCUGCUAUCGGUAAUAGUUGGAGAACUUCUGUUGAUAUUGACGCGUUUUGGCCAUCAAUCAUAUCGAUAAUUGAUUCGCAAGCAAGACUUACUCAAUAUGGAAAACCAGGAGGUUGGAAUGAUCCUGAUAUGCUCGUAGUAGGCUUUCCGGCGAUACCUUUCCAAGAACAAGUAACUCAUUUUUGCUUUUGGGCUGCUCUGAAGGCUCCUUUAAUACUCGGAUAUGAUCUCAGUAACGAACAAGUUGUUAAUGGGACAAUAAAAGAUUUAAUGACAAAUAUUGAUAUAAUUUCUGUGAAUCAAGAUCCCCUUGGAAAAUCUGUAUGUCAGGUUCACUAUGUAACUAAUGGUGCGACUUCUUUUGAUAUUUGGACCGGACCGCUUAGUGAUGGAUAUGUUGCACAUAUUACAUUGGAUUUUAAGAAUCAUUGCCGUCUUACGGGUAAUAUUUUGAUUCGGGAUCUUGUGAAACAAACGAAUAUCGGAAAUUUUACUACUGAUAGUUAUACUGCUACAAAUAUUCCAAGACAUGGUGUAGCAUUUUUAAAACUUAUCGGUGGGGAUGUUGUUAAUGGCACUUCUCCAUGCCUUUAUAACGUAUAA